AUGCCCGCCCACUUCAUGUUUCUUAUGCAAUUCGUUACAAACGUCACGUGCUACCCAAUCGUCUCCGAACCCAAACAUACCUCAAGUCACGCUCAGCAAGCAAGGUCUCAGCCGACGGCAGGCGGCCUUUCCCUAACUACGGGUUCUAUCAAGCCCAUAAAGCACCUCGAGACUGACCUGCUGAGUCGUAAGGUCUCUCCCGAGGUUCGCUCACUCGUGACCGUUCCUUUCAUCGGUAAUUCCAGAUCCAAAUACUUGAACACAGAUGACUCAAGGAACUUCGCAAGUUCGUGUUGUGUCACUGCUUCUCGAUCAAGCCCAUUGGUGCAGAACAUUGACGUCCUCACUAUGCAACCUCGAACAAUGGUAUCCGACUCCUCGCUGCCUUCCCGCAAUGACUCGCGCUACCACGACACAGAUUCUGGAUUUUCGAUAUCGGGACUCGCAAAUACAGCAUAG